AUGCAGUUCCAGACGGACCACUUCAUAAGCGAAGAACAAAAUGCGCAGGCAUAUUCAGCUCUAGUCGACCUCGUAGGCGACUGUUAUAUCAUCAGUCACUCGCAGGCGGGUGCAUACGUAAGCUGGAGGGUCGGAGACAUGCGCCCAGACCUAGUCAAGGGUAUUAUCCAGCUCGAGCCGUCUGGUCCACCGUUCACGCUCCGCCCGCCGUUUGGAAAUGACCCAGCUUUCGCUUUCGGUCUCACCGACCUCGCAAUCGGAUACGAACCGUCUGCAGGCAAGAAUGCCGAAAAUAUUGAGACAACCAUCGAGCCAGCAAUCGACACUGAACACGACGAGUGCAUCAUGCAGAAGGCCCCAGCGAAGCAGUUGACGAACCCGGCCAAAAUCCCAGAACUUGUUGUUACAGGCGAAGCAUCGUUCCAUGCGCCAUACGAUUACUGCACCGUCAAGUAUCUGGAGCAAGUUGGCGUAGACGUUGAGUACGCAGAUCUAGGCAACGAGGGUAUUCAUGGCAACGGACACAUGUUCUUCAUGGAGAAGAACAACCUUGAGAUCGCAGACCGGGUGUACCAGUGGCUGAAAAAGCACUAA